AUUAUAAAGAUAUUAAUUUGUGGAAUUUUAUUAUUUAAAUUUAGGUUACUAAUAAUAUUAAUAAGAUUAUAUUUUAAAUAUUUUAAUAAAUUAAUAAUUUUUGAAUGAUUAAUUUAUAUUUAUAAUUCAAUAAAAUUUAAUUUAUUUAUAUUAAUUGAUUAUAAAUCAUUAAUAUUUAUAUUUUUAGUUAGAUUAAUUUUUUCAAUAAUUAUUAUUUAUAGAAUUAGAUAUAUAGAUUUAAGAAUAUUUAAUAUAGAUCGAUUUUUUUAUUUAAUAAUUUUAUUUUUAAUUUCAAUAUAUAUAUUAAUUUUAAGUCCAAAUAUAUUAUCAAUUAUUUUAGGAUGAGAUGGAUUAGGAUUGAUUUCAUUUUGUUUAGUAGUUUAUUAUAUAAAAAUAAAAUCUUUUACUUCAGGGAUAGUGACUAUUAUUUUAAAUCGAGUUGGAGAUUCAGGAUUAUUAUUAAUAAUAUGUUUUGUAGCUUGUUUUGGAAGAUGAAAUUUAAUAUUAUAUAGAAUGAAUGAAUAUAUAAUAUUUUUUUUAUUAUUAAUAGCUUUUACAAAAAGAGCUCAAAUUCCAUUUUCAACUUGAUUACCAAUAGCAAUAAUAGCUCCAACACCAGUAUCUUCUUUAGUUCAUUCUUCAACUUUAGUUACAGCUGGAAUUUAUUUAUUGAUUCGUUAUACAGAUUUAUUAAAUUAUGAAUAUAAAAGAAUUAUUUUAUUAGGAGGUAGAAUAACAAUAUUAUUUGCAGGAUUAACAGCAAAUUUUGAAUUAGAUUUAAAAAAAGUUGUUGCUUAUUCAACAUUAAGACAAUUGGGGUUUAUAAUAAGGAUAAUAUCUUUAGGAUUUAAUGAAUUAGUAUUUUUACAUUUAUUUAUUCAUGCAAUAUUUAAAUCAUUAAUAUUUAUAUGUGUUGGGAGAUUUAUACAUUAUAUAAAUGGAAUUCAAGAUAUACGUAUAUAUUAUGGAAUAUAUUAUAUUUAUCCAAUAAAAAGAAUAAUUAUUAUAUUUACAAUAUUAUGUUUAUGUGGAUUUCCUUUUUUAGUUGGAUUUUAUUCUAAAGAUUUAAUUAUUGAAUAUUUUUUUUCUAGAAAAAUAAAUUAUUUUUCUAUUGUAAAUCUUAUUGUUAGAACAAUAUUUACAGUUUCUUAUUCAUUUCGAAUAAUUUUAGUAUUAAUAAAUAAAUAUAUAAUAAUUAAUAUAAUUUAUAAAGAUGAAGAUUUAAUUAUAAAUUGAUCAAUAAUAAUUAUAAUAAUUUUAAGAAUUAUUUAUAGAAAAUUAAUGUUUAAUUUAAUAAAUUUUAAUUUAUAUAGAAUUAAUUUAAUAUUAAUUUAUAAAUUUAUAGUAUUAAAAAUAAUUUUUUUAGGAAUAAUUUUUGGAUUUAAUUUUUAUAAGUACACAUUAUUGGGAAAUGGAUAUGGAAUAUUUUUUAUAAUAUUUAUAUUUAUAAAUUUUAUUUAUAAAAAAAUUUAUUUAAAAAUGAUUAUUAAAAUGUUUAAUUAUGAAAUUUAUUUUGAAAAAACUUUAAUUGAAAUAAUUAGAGGAAAAUUUAUGGUAUUAAUAUUAAGUUUAUAUAAUAUAAAAAUUUCUAAUAUUAUAAUUAAUACUUUUAUAAUAAUAAUGAUUUAUUUAAUUUUUUUUAUAAUUUAUUUUAUUAUUUUUUAA